AUGACCCAUGAUCGGACAGAUGACACACAAUCCAUACGUAGCCUUUCUAAAGUCUUUUCUUUUAUGUGUCCUUGGUAGAGAGUCCCCACAACUGUCUGUCCCCGCUGCUAGACAAAAACUGCCACCGCCAAUAAUGCCUUGGGACCUUCUAUAACUCUCUUUCUCUCUCUCUCUCUCUCUCUCUCUCUCUCUCUCUUUCUUACUAAGCUUCAGCACCUACCUCUUAACCCUCAAACUCACCUUCGUUGUAUAUCUUCACAUACUGAGUUUUGAGUGUUACUGUGUUCUCCACCCUGUGUUUCUCCUUCCACCUCUUUUUCAUUUCCAUCUUCUUCACCCUUUUUUUGUUAUUGGGCUUUACCUUUCUUCACCUGCAUCCAUCUCUAAAGUUUCGGCUUUGGUGAUUCUCCCUCUCUCUGAGUUCUUCUAAGCAUUUAAUAUUAUUCCCUAUUUAAGAGUCUUACCAGCAUCAGAAUGAAAGGAAUAUAUUGUGGUUGUAUAAUAUGAGGUCUUGCUCUGGUUCUCAGGGGUUACAUUUAUUGAAUAGUAUUGCAUUGUAAGCAUCACCAUGGAAUGUAGGUAGCCGGGAGAGAGAGUAAAGAAGAGAGAGAGAGAGAGAGAGAGAGAGAGAGAGAGAGAGAGAGAGAGAGAGAAUUAAAGGCUCACACCUCAACAACUUCUCAGCUGCAAUGGAGAGGCUCCAAGGACCCAUUAAUUCUUGCUUCUUGGAGGAGCAUCUCGAUGUGGAGUUCUUAGAGCAAGGAUUUGUUAACCAAGAGAACUGGAGACUUGAGGAAGAAGAAGAAUUGCACUUGUCAAUACCAAGCUUAGAAGACAAAAUGCCAUUUCUUCAGAUGUUACAAAGCGUAGAAUCCUCAUCAUUUUUGCCUUUCAAAGAACCCAACUUUCAAACACUGCUGCGACUCCAACACGUGAAAAAGCCAUGGGAGUUAAACCCCACCCUUCCUGACAUGGACACACAAAUUCAAGCACUAGAGUUUGAAAGCUGCGUAACGCAUGAAAUAGUAGACUUAGACCUGCCUUCACCGGUCAAAUCCGAGACGAAGGACAUCCAAAACCCACAUUCAACGUCAUACGUAGAAGGCGUCAGCUCUGUGUCUAACACAAACUCCGGAGAAAACUAUCCGAGAGAAGGAAACUCGGGCUCAUCUCCUCCACUUACACACCCACAAAUCAAGCCUAGAGAUACUCACUUCCCCAAAUCCACCCCUCCAAUCACCCGAGAAAGAAAAAAAAGAAAGCGAACAAAAACAACCAAGAACAAAGAGGAAGUAGAGAGCCAGCGCAUGACCCACAUUGCCGUAGAACGCAACCGUCGACGCCAAAUGAAUGACCACCUCAACUCCCUCCGCUCACUCAUGCCUCCCUCCUACAUCCAGAGAGGUGACCAAGCGUCGAUAAUAGGGGGUGCAAUCGACUUCGUGAAGGAACUGGAGCAACUCCUGCAAUCUCUUGAAACGCAAAAGAGAAUGAGAAAAGGCGAAGGAAGUACAGAUAACUCGGUGUGUAAUUCCAUGACGGGCAUUUCGUCGAACGGGUUGGUGGUGUCGCGAACACAAAGUGGAGAAGAAGUGAAGGCGGAGAACAAAUCUGAAACAGCGGACAUUGAGGUGACAGUCAUACAGAAUCAUGUGAACAUGAAGAUUCAGUGUCCAAGAAGACAUGGGCAGUUGUUAAAAGCCAUUGUUUCACUAGAGAAUCUCAGGCUCACAGUUUUGCAUCUCAACAUUACCACUUCUCAAUCUCGUGUUCACUACUCUUUCAACCUCAAGAUGGAGGAAGAGUGUAAGCUAGGAUCAGCGGAUGAGAUAGCAUCAGCUGUUCAUCAGAUAUUCAGGUACAUCAUCAAGGGUUCGUGAUUGGUCAAAGGGGUGCAUGUGCAGCUGACUUUAUUCGUUAGGGCUUGAAGGGGGAUGAAAGGGAAAAGAAAAAAGAAAAGAAAAAUGAAAGGGAAAUUAGGGGUUUCCUUUUGGGGAUGGGAGUUAGGGAACAGACUACACAGGGCACCUUCCAUUGUCUCUAUUCCGAGAUGUAGUUGUACAACAGAGUGGGCUGCAGUGAGUCAGUGACAGAGCACAUGAUCUUCACUGGUUCACUUGAACAAAUAUUUCUUUUUUUUUUCUUUUUUUUUUUGAGAAAAAAAAGAAAGAAAAGAAGAAGAUGGUGAUGAGAAUUUCCACUUUUUUUAAGGUUAAAAAAAAAAAAAAAAAAAAA